GCUGAGCGGAGGAGGAGCGGGUGGGGCCUGGCUGGGAACACAGAGGCAGACUGUGGUCACUGACCAGGAGACUCUACUGGCUUUUAUUCUUUACUCAAAUCAGACCGCAUGUCUGACCCAGGGGGUCCGCCUGCUGCCGGGAGCGAACUGCGCUCAUUUUCCCCGAUAUUUACCAGAUGGAUGCUGAGCUGUCGUUGAGGAGGAGGAGGGAUGAAACAAUCGCCUGAUAUAUUUUUUUGGCAUUUUCGCUCAUAGCCUACUUAUGGGAGGCAGCGGCGGCUUGGCCCUUUCUUUAUUAUAGGAAAGAGAUCUCCGCGGUUUUGCUAUGUGAAGAGCAGAUCGCCCUACUCAUUUCUCGUUUGGCGAUUCCCCGAGGAAUAAAUUAUGAACAACGCGCAAGAUAUGUCGCCUGAUUUCGUGUUGAUGCGCCUGGUUUCCGCGGCCGAGGACGACCGCUUGGACGCGGAAAACGGGAAUCUGCCGCCGGGAGGAGGAGUGGUGGUGGUGGCGGGGAUGGGGAUGGGGAAGGAGGUCCUGGCUCACAGCGGCGUCAAAGCGGGCUUGGAUAUCAGCCGAGAUCUGACGGCGGGCCUCGAGCAUCCCGGCGGACGCCUGAACAAAGCCCAGCAGAGCGGCGAGGGCACGACUGCACCUGACUCCGGGGUGACGGAGAGCCGAGACCCGCUGUCCGCGCCUCCUCCGCCGCAGAGCCCCAUGGAGGCCCAGGGCUUUGACUUCGCCCCCAGCCCCGGCCUACGGCCUCAGCUGCUGGUCUUUUCCAACAUAAUGCGGAACGGGGAAGGGAUUUUGGAAUUAGACCGUCGGAAUCAGCCGAGGGAUGCUCUGGGUUUGGACCAGAGCCCGGGGUCUGGCCGCUCCGGCCCGGCUGUCAAUAACAACACCCUGAGUCCCGGAGACGUUCAGCAGCAGGACCUGCUGGACCGGACGUGGGGAGCGCAUCCGCCGGUCGUAACCGCGGGGAUGCAGGGAGCUGCGGAGCUAUGCCGCCGGCACCGACUCAUCACUACCCCGCCCGAGUGGCCCUUGUUGACGGAGAGAUCCAACCCUCUCACCGUGAUUGACUCUAAAUGGGGAUGCGCCUCUAGGGACAGAGAGGGAGCCGUGUUUGAGCUGGCCCGACGGUUCGGGGAGCUCGGGGUCGGUGCGGUGCCCAAGAUGCUGCUCAAAGCUGGGGAGCUCCCGCAGUGUUCGUGUCAGGGUGCACACAGGCCGGCAGGAGGGGGAGUGGAGCCCGGAGAUGACCCGACAGAGACCAGCGAUGCUUUGUUGGUCCUGGAGGGACUGGGGAGUGGGGAUGUUGCCGGCCUGGGCAUGGACGAGUGCCCGGAGGGUGAGCCGGAUGAUGAGCAUGGACGCCGCGAGUUUUUACUCAACAGGAAACGGGAGAUAGUUCAGAAAAUGUCCGGGGCUUUCUCCAUCAGCAGCUUCCAAGCGGAGCUAAGAAGGCAGGUGGAGGGGAUGGCCCCGGCGGCGACCGAGGCGGCGGCGGCAGCGCACCUUGGCGCGCAGGUGUGCAGCCUCCACGGGAAUUUAGCCAGCCGGCUCUCGCAGGUAAGCUCCGGGGAUUCAGAGGUUGUCGCCCAGGUUUCGGCCACGUCUCAGUCGCACACGCCGGCCCAGAACUCACCGUGGGCCACAAGCCCGAACCCGAGCCAGGCGUCGACUCCCAGGAGGCGGCCGGAGCGGUGCGCCAGCGCGCCGCGGACACCCACAGGGUGUUCCGCGGGCGGGGAAAAGACGCUCAAAGUUCCGGGGAAGUCCAAAAAGGGCUCGUUAAAGAUCCGCCUGAGUAAACUGUUCCGGACUAAAAGCUGCAGUGGCUCCAACCACCUGCUAGACAAGAGGCCCUCGGUGACCUACUCAGUGUCUUCUGCCGGGAGUCUGGUGGACAUGGCGAGCACCGCUGGCGCUGAGCAGGACGCAGACAGCCACAGCCAGCCCAGACUGACCAGGGCCCACAGUGCCUUCUCCCCCGCCUCCCUCGUUGCCUCCCUCUCUGCUUUCACUGGUGAGACAGUCUCCCUGGUGGAUGUGGAUAUCUCGCGGCGAGGGGCGAACACGCCACACCCUCCCACACCUCCCCCUCCUCCACGCCGAAGUCUCAGUUUGUUAGAUGACAUAGCCGGGCCUCAGCCUGGGCCUUUCCUAGUGAGUGUCAUGGGCGCCUCCCUGCAGUCCCUCCCCCUGCCUCUCCCUCCUCCUCCUCUUCCCUCCCACGCCACCAUCCAGCACAGUCUCAGCCUCAAUGACGCCUUCCUUCGGGCCCUCCCUCAAUCGACCCCGUCACCGGCUAAUGCUCCGCCCCCUUCCAGACAUGCCCCGCCCCCCAUGUUGUGCGCCCUGCGACGGUCUGAAGCCAGCAACUUCACCGCCAGUCUGAGAGAACUGGAGAAGUGCGGCUGGUACUGGGGUCCCAUGAACUGGGAGGAUGCAGAGAUGAAGCUGAAGGGGAAACCGGACGGGUCCUUCCUGGUCCGAGACAGUUCAGACCCCCGAUACAUCCUGAGCCUCAGCUUCAGGUCGCAGGGAGUCACACACCACACACGCAUGGAGCACUACCGAGGGACGUUCAGCUUGUGGUGUCACCCGAAGUUUGAGGACCGCUGCCACUCGGUGGUGGAGUUCAUCGAGCGAGCCAUCAUGCACUCCAAGAACGGGAAAUUCCUCUACUUCCUCCGCUCCAGAGUCCCAGGGCUUCCUCCCACCCCGGUUCAGCUGCUGUAUCCCGUGUCUCGCUUCAGCAACGUGAAGUCACUACAACAUCUCUGUCGCUUCUGCAUCCGACAAAUGGUCCGCAUCGACCACAUCCAGGAGCUUCCACUGCCCAGACCGCUAAUAUCCUACCUGAGUAAGUUUUAUUACUACGACCCCGAGGAGGAGACGUACCUGUCAAUCAAGAGCAUCCGGAGGGUGGUGGGAGCAGCGCAAGAGACCGAGUCGCAGACGUAGCAGCAGAGAUCUUCUCAGCUCAAGUUUCUGUAUGGAGGACUGAUCUGUACUGGUCUGCCAGUCUUCCAGCAUCAGCCAAUCAGAGUCCCUGGAUGCCUCUGGGUCUCCAGCUGGACUCGGAUGGACCGGCCUCUCUCUUGACUUGGACUAACAAAAAGAGGGACGAGUGUUUGCAGCUGGACGGCGGGAAACCAGUCAUUGAGACAUUCAGGUGCAGAGGACUCAGCCUCGUCUUCAGAGGGACUGCAGACAUGUUCUCACCUGCCAAACGUGUCGGUUUGAAACAAAAGGAGAAUUGUGAACUUCAUUGGCAAAAUUUCCCGAAGCUACUGAACUGGACUUUUAAAACACACAAUGCACUGGUCAAUUUGUACAACUGUUGUUUGCUGCCGUUUCCUUGUUUUCCCUUUCCAUGCUGUCAAAAAGAGGGUUUAUGGAUUACAAACUGCCCUCAGGAGAGAUGUACACACAGAGGCAGGGCAGCAAGAGAGCAAGUCACCAUGUUGGAGGACCUAUAAUCUCAUUUUGGGGAACCUGGUUUGUUUUUUUCUGCCUGGAAAUAACUAAAUUGUAAUGUUAGCUACAAUGCUAAUGUAUUGCAGAUGUAUAUUAGACAUAUCGGACAUAAAAAAUUGGUUUGAAAUUGAAUUCAAUACUCAAUUCUAUUUCUCUAUUUUUGCUUGUUUUACGCAGACGGAUUUGAUGAAAUCUUAACCUCAUCUUAAAGUUUAUACUUAAACAUCUCCACGUUUUGGUGUUUUGUUUGUGUUUUUAGACUGAUUUUAAGACCGAAUUGCCAUUUAAUUUCCCUUAAACAAUUAACUUCGACAAAAGGAUUUCUGUUUAGCGAGAAGGAGUGUUUUGUUUCGCCUCAACUACUUAGUGAGAGAUGGAUCUGUCCCACUGAUGUCGUGUUAGCACGGAAGUUGCGGUUGCUAGCAGAUCCACUUAGUCCAGUGACGUACAGCAUGUGUAAGUCUCAUCCCACAAAGUCCUGACUGUUCUGCCAUUAGAAACAGCCUUCAACGAGCACAACACCCACAUCCAUUUGAACCCGACACGUGGGUGGUGAUUCAGGCAUCUGGAAACCGACUGUGCUUUACUUCUCCUUAAUUGGUGGGUGGAGCUUCGGGCCACGCCCACAUCAGUGAUGUCACACCAGGUGUUUCUUGUUUAGCUUUCAAAUGGGAAUCACCAGCUGUGACGUUGUAGCCAGAUGUGCAACAUGUGAGAAAGUUUUCAGCCCACAGAAGUUAAAGUUUUCUUUCCUCUUUGACUUCAUGGAGACAAAGCGCAAAAAUAUUUGCCGCCACAAUAUGCAACCAACAGCUAAAACGCUAACAGAAAUACCUUUAGCUAACUAAAAACAAUAGAUUUCAGCUCUUCAAACGAUUAUUUUAACACCGUAUCUCUACCAGGGGUGCAGUUGAUAAAUUAAACUAAAAUGAUGAUAGGGUAAGUUAGCUGUUAGCGAGCUAAUGUUAGCUUACUGUAGUUAGCUAAGGCACUUGCAAACAUAAAACUGCAGCUUUGUCAUUUUUUCCCAUUCUGUAACACAAGUUGCAUCGUCUGUCCGAAUGUUUUAGCUAACUGACAUAUAGUUAGCCUAAACAUUCCCAUUCUUCUUCUUCUGUAUCCUCUAUAAACACUUAGUCCUGGGUUCAUUACCCUGUUGGUAGUGCAUCCCACCACACAGCAGCUUUUGGGCAUUUGUCUGUUGAAGAUGGCCCCUCCACACAACACAAAAGCUGCGUUCCACAUCGUUUGCUUUUUCUCUUUACUUUCAGGACGUACUGCAACGGCCCUUAAAAAGUACGUAGUGUUGCAUGCAGUAUGAGUUUAAUUGGGACGUACUACUUCCACCUUGAACUUCGCAAAAAACGACCAGAUAUAGUAGAACAUACAGCAUACGUCACUUUCUCAUCUUUUGAUGUCACUCCUCUAACCUGGUGGAUUGUACCUUUGUUCAUUCAACAUUCUCUGAAACAUCUGACUCUCCAAAGAAAGGAAACACUCCACCUUCAGAUUCUGUUAGAUCAGUUUCAGAUGUCUGAAGAUAUUUUGGAAUGUCGUAAUGCAGUGAUUUCCUACAUUUCCCAGAAUGCCCCUCGACCACCAUUCGAUGAGUGCUGUCGUUUUAAAUCUUAUGAACCGCGUCUGAUGCUCACAGCACCACAUGUCCUGCAGCUGCAUUGCAUUCUGGUCUAUUGAGGCUCUUUUCGGUAGAUUAUUUGUUAUCUGUUGCUCUUACGUGACAUGAUGUCCACAGCUGCUGUUUACAUUUCAGCAGGUGUUCAUAGAGACAGUGAAAAAUACACCGAAGAAAUGCAAUUUAAAAAAACUAAUAUCUCAUAUUGACACUGUUUUAUUCCAAACAGCUCUUUGGAAUUGAAGGAAAAAAUAAUGCAAAACAGAACUUCUCUAUAAUGUUAAGAUGAUAAAACUUAUUUUAUUUUAUUUUGUUCUUUCAUCAUCAAAGUCCACUUAAGAAGAGAGUUUUUGCAAUUAAAUCUCAAAACGAAUGUGGAGUUCACUUGCACAGAAACAGUUUUCUGAAUUCGGCUUUGCUGUAUUGGGGAGUUUAUGAGCCUCAUUUUUCCCACAAUGCCUUGCCUCAGAGUGUGUAUAUCUGCCGUGACUCAUCUCUACCUGUCAGUUUUAUUUUUUGACACGCCCAGGUGUGUUUUGCUGAAGCGGACUACUGGCUCAGUGUUUUCAGUAAGAAGAAAAAUAAAACAGGUGUGUGUGGCAUUGUUUUUUUUCAUUUGAAUAUUUGAAUAACAUUGAUUUUGGAGUCUGAACAUGUUUCAAGCUUUCAUAAUUAUAUUACAAUAAGAAAACAACAAUACAAUGAAGGGCAGGAUGAGGUCCUGUUUUAGUUAUCUGGAUUUUUAAGCAUUUAUUUUGUCUAUAAUAUAUUUUUAACGUCUGUGUAUCUUGAGAAAUAUACAUUUAAGGUCCACCUUACUUUCUGACACGGCCUUGCUCGGCGUGCGGAGCUGCUCGGUUGUCAUGGAGAUAUGUUUUGAUGAAUGGAUGAAGUCUAUACUUAGGUCACUGUCAUAACCAUCUCCAUGGCAACUGAACAAAAUGCAGCAUGAUGGGGUUGAACACUUCAGAAACAAAUAGAAAGUUUGACUUUGCCAUGAGAUUUCUUUUUUUUUUUUUUUUGGUCUCGCUGCUGUUUGUGAAGUCAAGAAUGAACCUUUAAGUGCUCCUUUAAAGCUCCUUUUAGGCAAAUCUGGUUUUAAAUGUAUUUUUUAGCUUAAGAAAUAGGAACACUGAAUUCAUAGGUUUAUCUGAAAAGCCUAAAAUAGACACAUUCUUAUAUAUUUGGUUUAUAAGAUACUAAAGUCUGACGUAAACAGCGGCUUGAAUGUGUAAAAAACGAUUAAUUGGUCCAAAUUGUAGCUGAUUGUGACUCCAUUUAAUUGACUAAUCAUUUCAGCUCAACACUAUGUGAGUUAACACUGUAUCCAUGCUUAACCGCAUAGAAACUGUUCCAUUUCUUUAACGGCAGCCGUUCACUUUGAAAUGUUUAAAGCUGAAUACUCUCCGGCUGAUGCUCGGGCUCGCUCGUGAAGCUGGUGAAA